UCACAUAUAAAAUUAAAAUUAAAUUAUUCGGAUUGAAAUUCCUUUAAUUGCGGAAAUCCUUUCACAUUUGUGAAGAUACUCGAAACUUUUGUUUUGAGUGGUUUUUUUUUUCGGAUUGCUUGCGACUUCCCCCUCAAUAUUGACCUCAUUACAUGCACAUCUGUGUUUUCAAUUCAAUAUCGCCUUGAUGUAUGUGCAGCGCGCGGAAAAAUGCCACAGAGUUGAAAGACGCACUUGCAAGUGUAGUGGUGCCAAUGUUUUGUAAUGCAAGUAUCGGGGCAACUGACGAGCAGAAAAAUAAAUUAGAUAAAUUAUUAAGAUUAUGGGAGUCGAAGGCUAAUUACUUAGCGACGGAAACCGUCGAGCAAAUGCGCCAACCGGUCGCUAGCUACCAACAAUUCAAGACCGACCAGGUCUCCAAGUUCGCGUCGGAAGUGGCGCCGUUAGCGCAACAGACGAAGGCGACGUAUGAUGGAUAUCAAGCACAGCACCAGGCGUUCGUUUGCCACGCGAUGGCGCAGAUUCUCGAGCUGCAACAGCAAGUGCAGAAUAUUGAGGCCCAAAUUCAGUCGCAACCGCCUCCUCCCAUUACCUCCAACAUUCCGAAGUCAUCGCCGGUGAUGAACACGAACAUAAUACCCCUCGACGCUCUUCAGGCCAACCUGCAGCAAACGAUGGCGCAACAAUCGACCAACGAAAACGGAUCGCAGGUUCAACACUUGGGAAUGAAUCCCCCCAAUCCCGAUUUGGUUCCGUCCGAAAGCCCAAACUUUCUGCCACCAAUGAAUCCCUCGGUACCACCACCUUUAAUGUCCCAGAAUAACCUUGACGUUCCGCAAUUCUCCCAGCCUCCUCCCGGAUUUUUCCCGCCUCCCGGCUUGUUCCCCGACUUCUCCAAGCCUCCCCCCGGUUUCGCGCCGCCGCCAGAGCCCGUUCACGAAGACCUACUGCCUUCGGUUCCAUACUACGACCUUCCGGCCGGCCUCAUGGUCCCACUAAUAAAGUUGGAAGACACCUCUUUUAAACCGUUAGAUCCUAAAGAUAUUAGGUUGCCACCGCCGCAACCUCCGACCGAACGAUUGCUUGCUGCCGUGGACGCAUUUUAUUCACCGCCGACGCACGAACGUCCCAGGGACAGUGAGGGUUGGGAAAAGCUAGGACUAUACGAAUACUACAAGGCAAAAAAUAGCGCUAAAAGAGACAAAGAAGAUGCAAUAAAUUCAGGUCUUCGAGAGAAAUCGCGAUCGCCGAGUCCCAUACAGUUACCAGUCGAGAAAGAGCCCUCGCCACCUAGACGACGAUACACGAGUCUAUCGCCAUCACCUCAAAGAAACAGGCGUUCGCGGUCGAGAAGCCCGCGAAGGAGUCGGCGACGCAGUCGAAGCAGGCGCAGGAACAGCAGACGAAGCUCGUCACAUUCGAAGUCGCGCUCGCGUUCGCGAUCUCCCGUGCCUCAGCCGAAGGUCGUCGUCCGAUCUCCGUCCCCUCCACCUACGCUCUUCAGCGCAACUCCCACAUUCACAAGCAUAGAAACUCAACAAGAGCUGGAUUCGAGCAACAAGGGGCAUCAGAUGUUGCGCAAAAUGGGAUGGGGUGGUAGCGGUCUGGGAGCGAACGAACAAGGAAUUGACUCGCCAAUAUCCGGCGGCGACGUGCGCGAUCGACAGGAUCAGUUUAAGGGCAUAGGAUGUGAUCUGAACGACCCGUAUGAAAACUUCCGUAAAAACAAGGGAGCCGCUUUUAUUACCAGGAUGAAGGCAAGGGCCGAAGAACGAGCGAAUGAAAGUAGUAUGAGUAGUGUAUGAAUGACGUUGGAGUAACGUAUGCGAGACUUUUUUGUAAAUAGGUGUAGAAGAUAUUAAUAAAAUGAUAUUUGUAAGCUCU